AUGGAACCCCACUGGCGCCAGCCAUUGGAAGGGCCACCGAGGAUGGAGUCUGAGGUCGAUCUCCACAUCGUGAUGGCCAUGGCCCUGCCGGAACACCCUGCAGUGGUGUUCUUGGACACAGUCAAGGCCGAAGCGCAGCACCACUUGCAACAGGUGUUGGGCCAGAAACUGCACGUCGUGGGCCUGGGAGAUCAUGCCACCGCCACGCUGGACGCGGGCCUCAUGGUGAAAAGAGCCGUGACCGAAGCUGCGCCGACCACGAGGGUCGAGAUCACGAUGAGUGGCCUCUCCUGCCCGGAGAGCCAGGCUGGAAGACACCACUGCCGGUUGAAGUGCCAGGUCGCUAUAAAUGAGCCCGAACCAGCCCAUCGCCUAUGCCUUUGCCUGGGGCCAACUCUGGGUCUGCAGCUUCUGGCUUCUCCGGCUUCGGCCGCGCUGGAGCUGAGGAAUGUGAACAGUCUGCUUUAUACAGCGGACCUGGACAUAGGGGUUGGCGGACGAUCUGCUCGGGUCGUGGUGGACACCGGUUCUGCGGACUUUUGGCUGAAGCCGAACCUGCUGGUGGAGGAGGUGCAUGGUCAGAAGCUUGUCAGUGCCUCGCCUCGGCGACAGGACGUUCGUGGACAGCUACUCGUACCAGAGUAUUUGAUCCGAUACGGACUCGGUGAGGUCAUAGCGAUCCCAAUCGUCGAAGAGCGUGUUUGUGCUGGGUCCCUGUGCCUGAAGCAGAUGGAGCUCAUGCUUGCGGUAAAGAUUCAGGGCGUCCAGGAGCAGGGGGCCUUUGACGGAUUGGCAGGGCUGGCUUUCCCACUGCUGCAGCAAGCGCCGACGAAUCAGACUCUCCUCCAAGCUUUGCAGCUCCAAAGCGGCUGCAAGCACUUUGGCUUUUCCCUGGCGCUGCGCGGCGAAGGCGGCGAGAGCCUUCUCAGCCUGGGUGAAGUGAAAGAUCUCGUGAAAGCGAUGGAGAAAGCGGAGGGCGGCAGCAGCGUUCCCGUCAAGGUCGUGAAUAGAGACCAGGACUCGGAGCCUGGCUACUGGAUGGUGAAGGUGAGAAUGUCGGUCUUCAACGGCCAGAGUCAGAAUCAGCUGCUUCUGGCGAAAGGAAAGGGCCUCCUGGAUUCCGGCAGCUCCUUCCUGGCCGGUUUGGUGGGCUACAUCGUCAUGGCGCUUACCUACGGCCAUGGAGGGCUUCCCAGCCUCGCAGUGGAUGAAUCACAAAGGCUGCUGUGCAGGUGCGACGCCGGACUGAACGACCUCGUCUUCGAGGUUUUCGGCGAAGAUGGGAGAACCUUAAAGGUGACCCUCACCCAGGACGACUUGCUGGAGCCUCCGACGUCGCUCUUUUCUUCUUACUGUGCGCUUCGCCUCCUGGUGAUUCCGGCCACCGCAAACAUCCCUUAUUUGAUCAUCGGCGACCCCUUUCUUCGCAAGGUCUCCGUGGUCUUCGACGUUGAUGCCACCAGGGUGCACGUGCUGCCUGUCGGAGAUAAGAAGGGAGCUGCAUUGGUGGCAGAGGGCCUCGCCGCUGGCCCUCCGCGUGGACUGGCGCUGCUCUGUCUCGCCUCCCUGCUGACUUUGGCCCUGGCUGCGACCUGCGCCUGGCGGCGCUGGUGGCAGGGUGCGACGCUCCAGGAGGAACGUGUGUGGUUUGGAGCCGGGACAAUGCGAGAUGGGUCCUGCGCGAAGAACACCUUCUGCGUCAGGCCGCUCAUUGCCUUGGUUCUUGGCGAGUGCCGAGCUGCCAACGAUGCCUUGGCGGAGUGGAUUAGCAAGUACGUCUUCGGGGCAGCGACACGCCCAGACUCGCUUGGAGACAAUGCCUGGUGGGACGCAGAAGCCGCGGACAAGGAACCUGUCGCGGCGCUGAUCCUCGCUUUGAGAACACUUUCGCCCCUGCGCGAAGGUGACCUGGUGGUUUGCGCGCAUCCAACUUCGUUGUGCCUGAUGUGUUUUUGGGCCACCUGGAGGUUCGCCGAUGAGCUGGCGGUGAGACGGCUUCCAAUGCUCCUACACAUCUCCUCAACGCUCCUUUACGGUGCCCCGGGCGGUAGCCAAGGAGCUCUUGGCUUCCUUCGCCUGGCGAGGGACUUGCUGACUGGGCCCUUCCCCCUCAUGGCCUUGGCAGAGGGCGCCUUCCUGUCUGCCCAGCUCUUCGACCAAGUUGGGGUGCGAGUGGCCUCUGGCCCUGCUUUGGCUCUUUACCUCGAAGACACAGGCUACUUGGAGAACAAGGCGAUUGAGAGGCUCCCGACCAUCCUCGUGACGCGAGCCCGACUCUUCAACCAUCCUGCAGGCUUCUUCUUCCGCGGUCUGUUGAUGGAGUUUGCCAUCGUCAAUCAGCCAAUGGCUGAUGCCAAGCGCGGACACUUCUGGUUUUCAGAGGUUCCGAGUCUGGAUGAGAAGGCGGCUUGGGGAGAAGUCGGGGCAUUUCUGUGGUCAAAGCGAUCUCCCGCCCGAGAGGAGAUGGCGCGCUGCGCAGCCGCCUUCUUCGUUCCUUCGGACAUCCACCAGCGGACGUUCAUCGAGCUCUACCGCAUGAAUGUUCCGACCUUCAUGCCGGCUGUGGAGUGGCUUGUGCGGCUUCCGCUGGCCGAUUUCCUCGCUCGUUAUUUGAAGGUCCUGGAGAGUGUUCUUGCCAGUUCGUUGAGUCGCUCUGGUUCAGCUCUUCUCCGAAAGGCCGCAGAUGGAUCCAGGAAGUUGCUGCAGAAGGUGGCGGUGCAGCUGGCCCUCAGAGAGCCGCGCUGCGAGCUGGCUUCACUGCUCGAGGCGCUGGCCGCCUGCGAUGCAGCGAAAGAGGUGUCGGCUGCCUUAGGCUCGGCUCUCGCCGAGGUCCUCUGUGUCGAGACCAGCCCCGAGCCCCGAGUUCUGGAGUUGCUGAGGCGACUGGUGGCCAUGGAGUGGGUGCAGGUGUCCGGCCUUGUGGCAGUCGUAGAGGAGUUGGUCGCUCAGCAGAAGGAGAAUGGCGAGCUGCCUCGCAGCUUUGCCCUGCUGGACCUGGCUGCGCAGUGCGUGCCCAGGGCCGGCGAGCUGCCGAGAGCCUUGGCGAACUCUUCGCUGCUUCCGAUCUUGGUGGCUUCACACGCAGCCGUGCGUGCGCAAUAUCCAGCCUUGGCUCAGGCUGCAGUGCCGCUGCUGUGUGCAGCCGCGCCUCCGGUGCCUCUGCGGCCACGGCCGCCUCCAAGGCAGGCAGACAGCUCCUCGGAGGCCGAGGCGGAGAUCGACGAACCACUGCACGAGCCUGCUGUCGUUUUCGAGGCAGUGGAAGAUCUGCUUUCGGCAUCGACGUCUCCAGAUAGCUUGCUUCCCUACGCGCUGCUGCCGACCUUCCUACCGCCAGAGACGGGCCUCGGAGUGAGGCACCACGGCAUGCUUCUGGCUGGGGCCGGAGGCGCCCUCGAGGAGUGGGACUUGGAUGCGGGUCUCCGUCUGGAUCGCCUUUUUGCCUCCGGCGGGGAGGAGCCUGGACCCUUUCACGUGGUGAGCCUGAUGGCACCAGGCUUCUCGGCCACCCAGGGAGCCCCUCACGAGGUGUUGGUGGCUGGCGUGAACGGUCCAGACGCUGGGUUGGCUCUCUUCCGCCGCACCGAUGAUGCUUCAGCAGCCCAGGCUUGGCAGGUGGAGGCGCCGUGGCCGCCGCCAGCGCCCCGCAACGGUUGGCGCUCGUUGGAUCGCGUCUCCCGGGGCGAAUUCCUGCACUUUUCCCAGUCGCUUGUGGUGCUCGGCCAGAUGUCGGCCCUGGGAUCUCACGAAGUUGGCCUCUACGAUGCUGCGCUGAGCCCACCGCGCGGCCUCUCGGCGUGCGCAGGGCACUGGGACUUCGUGGCGGAUGUCUGUGCCAUCUCUGCACAGUCCUUCGCUUCAGCAUCCCUCGAUGGAUCCCUGCUGCUGUGGGAUCUGCGCAGUGGCCUAGGCCCCACUGCAAAGGCCGGCUUCCGGGAAGCUGCGCCCCGUUCCCUGUGCAGUGUGGCUGCAUCUGGGGAAUGUGGGCUGCUGCUUUGCGGAGGCUUAGCCGGCGAGCUCGGCCUCUUCGAUGUGCGGAAUCUCAACGAGCCGCUGGUGCGGCCUCCGGCAGUGAACGGGGCCGUGGUGCAGCUGCAGCUGUGGCCGGCAUCCGAUCAAGUCGUGGCCGCUGUUGCUUCGGCCGAAGAAGGACUCUGUUCACUGACCAUCGGCCCUGGCUGUGGCGAGGGGAGGCUGCAGCCCGCAGUGUACACUCCUGCCCUCGAGGAGCCCCGGCGUUGCUACGACGUAGCUGUCGGCCCUGGCCCCUGGCAGCGCGGCGGCCGCGGGUCUUCCAUCUGGGCUUGCAGCGACGGCGGAGUGACGCGGUUCCGCGCAGUGCAUGCCCGGGCCGAAAGCGCCAAAGAGCGCAAGGUGUCGAGCGACACGGCGUGA